GGUAUUGCUAAGAGAUGUCAGGUUCAGCCUGCACACAACUCAGCUUUCAUCCCAAGCUUCCAAUAUUGGAAAAGAACCAAUACAAAAAUGUUCCGUGCAGAUCGACAGUGGAUAUGCUGUCUCAGAUGGUCGGGGUAGAAAUACUUUAUGGCGUUUUGAGCGAAGAACAUCUAGGACUCCAGAUCAGGCUUAUAGAGACGGCGCGUAGGUUGAAAGCCGAAGAGGCGAAGAGGAAGGAGCUCGAAACCUGCCUAAAACGUGAAAAUCCAAUCAAUCUAGCCUUGGCGGAAAGGAUCCAGGCUCUUGAAGAAUCUGAGGCUAAAUUAAAACGGUGCAAUGAAGACCUUAGGGAAGAAAAUGACCUACUCGAGUUCAGGUUGCUCGAAAUGGAGGACACCGGCAACUUGAACAAACGGAAUGUUUCCACCACAUCCCACCAAGAGGCCGACGAUGUGAGCGAUUCUGGGGUCACGUCUCUUCCAACCAGCGACGACGAACAUCACGAAUUCGAUGUCCAAGACCGCGACGUUAAGACGAGGCUGAUGAAGAUGUGCCAGAACGUGACGAACGUUUCGGAAAGAAUCUGCCUUCAGCAGUGUCUCGCCCUCCUGAGACACUACGAAGCCAGAAUCGAGGGUUUAGAGUCCACCAUCUCUGCAAUGUGCAAUGAGGCAAUCAUGUCCCGAUCACUGCCGAAUGUAAACGGCUCAAACCGCCAGGAUGGAAACGACACGGAGUCCAGGAGUUCGGGGAGGAUCAUCGCUACCGUUUUACCUUUUACCGAAAGCCCGAACGUUUCGAAUUGUUCCAACGACGGACUUCAAAAGGCUUUCGGGAGAGAGGCCUGCGAACUGUCGGAAAGCGGGAUAUUCGACAAUCCCGUCGGAAAGGACAGCUCGACCCAAACGGAAGUCAAAGAAGGAGGCGGCGACCUGUCUGCCGAACUGGAAAAGCUUUCUAAAAUAAGGGAGAGGAUGGAAUGGAGCAACAACCUCCCGCAACCGAGAAAGGAUAUCGCCUUUUACGAAAAGAGGCUGGACGAACUGGAGAAAAGACUGUUCCUGUAUGAAAACAGCAGCGACAAACAUAUCAGAUCAAUAAGGGCCGUAAUAGAUCAGAAUGUAUACCUCACUGCUCAGACAAAUCACAUGAAUGAAAUAAUUGAGAGGCUGAAGAAAGAAAUAAAACGCCUAGAGUGCGAAAAGAGUGAACUCGAUGAAAUUGAAAACGAAACAAGAUUCAGAUGCCAGAGGCUAGAAGCUAAACUUACAUUCGUAAAAGAUAAGAAAAGGCGCUUGAAGUGUGAAUUGAAAGAACUCAAAAGUGAAAUGGCAGAAAGGCGCGAUGAGAGGGACAGAACUCAUACGGCCAAAAUGGAAGCGUUGGUGCAGACGUACGAGAGGAAGAAUCAAGAACUAGAAGAGAAAGAACUGGAAGUGCGCUAUAGACUGCAGAUGUUGGAGAACACAAUGCCGGCGCUGAUGAUGUGGAACAUUUGGAGGAUGAUGAUGAGCGUCCAAACCGCGGGCUGUAGUUCAGUAAUACCCGCCGGUCCCGGCUUCGUACCCAUUUCCGGAAAUAAAUCGGCCGGACCGUCUAUAGGCGGAAAAGACAUAUCUUUCUCGGAAAUGGACGCCCCCAUUGCACAGGGGCCAAAUACAAGAGAAGAAGAGCUUAUAAUGAAGCUGAGAACGCUCGAAAACAAACUCAACACGCAAAACCGCCUUUUGGAAGAAUCGAAAUCUUCGGAAGACGAGUUGAAAAGUAAACUGAGAGAACUCGAAAAACUGAUGGCGAAAGAGAACGUCCUCAGCGAUAUCAUCGAUCAAGAAGUGGACCAAGACGUGGAGCUUUUUGAGAAGUUGAGCAGGAUGGCCAAAGAAAGGGUGGAGAUGGAUAAGCGAAUCAAAGACUUAGAACUUAAAGAAAAACUUUAUAAAGAAACUAUCGAACACGCGGAUAAUUUUAUCGCACAGCUCGAGAAUAAAUUCGACACCCAGUUGAAAGAGAAAGACAACCAAAUGAGCGAACAAGCAGCACGUUUGCACGAAAACGAAAUAAAGCUACGCGCAGCGGAAAGAGAUUCGAUUUCGUCUGGAAUUUUAGAAGAGAAGGUCGUCGCGUUGGACAGCGAACUUAAAAGGCUUCGCGAUGAACUCACGAUGAAAGACAAAGAAAAAGUGGUGCUCGAAGACGCCGAACGGCAACUGCUUCAAGAGCUUCAGGAAGCCAUGAACGAACUCGAAAAUAUGCGAGGAGAGAUUGAAGGACCGUUAAAAGCUAAAAUCGAGCUUUCCAAGAAGAAAUCUCAAGCCAUGGAAGACGAAUUAAAGGCGUCGGAACAGUACAAGAGAAAAAUGGAAGCCGAUCAUAAGCAUGAGGUAGCGUCAUUAAAAAAUGAGUUGAUGAAAUUAAAUCACCAACUUUUGGAAAACGAGGUUACGAUUGGUGAGCUAAAGGAGGAAGUUCAGACUUUAGAGAUGGCUGUUGAAGAACUUAGGGGUCUUCUUUCCUCUGAAAAAGCUAAUAAUGAAGAAGUGGUUAAAAAUUUAGAAUUGAAAUUGGAAGAUAAAGAAAGAGAAGUUGAAUCGAUUCUGAAAGAGAAAGUACAAAUAACGACAAAAAGUCUCAAAGAAGAACUACAAGAAAAGAUUUUCUCGAGUGAAAUGAUCGACCAAGAAAUAAUAUCGGCAAAAGGUGAAUUCAGAUUCACAACAGUCAAGGAAAUGAGCGAACAAGAAAACAAAGAGAACAAUGACUCAGUCCUUCUUAGUCAAAUAAUAUCAGAGGAAGAUUUAGAACAAAGUGUCUCAAGUCAAACUGGAACAAAUCUAAUGACAGUUUUUAACAAAUGGAAAAACCUGAUACCGAUUGGACUCACAGACAUAACAGCAACACAAUUCCAGGCGUUCAUUGCUAUGGUUGAACAAGAUGACCCUCAAGAUAUUGAAUUAGCAAAAUAUGGCCUUUCCAGAGAUUUUCCACUCUCUAAGCCUGGACUCCCUAGGGAAUGCAAUAUUGCUCAAAACGCUGUUGCCAAUGCAAGUGGAAAAGAUGUCAAAGGAACUGUCGAUAAUCUCACAAAGGCCUACAAUCAUUCUAAGACAUGCAAUUCUUGCAAUGAGAAACUGGGAUCUUUUCUAGAAGAUAUAAUUAAACAGCUUGGUGUUAAGUUACCUCAAAUGAAGGAUCUUAGAGGCAAUCAAAGUGAAUAUCUGGGGGAACCAUCAUCAUUAACGACUAACGAAUUAGGUCCUGGAUCAGUGGGGUGGGAUCCAAAUGAAAAUGAGGCUGGGUACAAGAUAAAGCCUACAUUAUCAACAUUACAACUUACAGUCGAUGAACUGAAAGAAAAAUGUAGGGUCAAAGAUACGUUGAUCAAAGCGUUAGCCGAUGAACUGAGGAGCGAUGGACAUUUCAACUCUAACAGGCUGAUGGAGGACAUAACGGAAUACCCGUCGACAGAUCCACCAGAUUUUAAUCGAGUCACUUUGCACAAAUUUUUGAACAAUGAACCGACACAUGAAUUGGACACGCAAGAUGGCGAGGAAUCGUAUAAAGCCACUAAUGCUUUGGGACUGCAAGUCGUUAGGCAAGUAGGCCCUGAUAGCCUGCUCAUCAAGUGGAAUCCACCUCCACCUAACAAGGUCUAUGCUUUUGAGAUAUAUGUCAAUGGAUUGUUUGUUCAGAGAAUCCGUAGCCCAGGGCGGACAAAGACAUUGCUCCAUCCGAUAGAACUGGAUGAUAGAAUUGUAAUCACCUUAAAUACUUUGUCUUAUACAGGCCAACAUAUCGACUCAGCCGAAGUGUGUUACCCAUAAGUCUCACCUCUAGUCACAUCAAACUAUGAACAAUGUUUUUAUUGCUUAAAGUAUUACCAUUAUAAUUUUUGAAUAUGAGCUUUUAAUUAUAUUUUGUUAUUGUAUAAAAUAUGUACAAAGGUUAAUAUAUAAUCAAAA